AUGGGCAAGAUCCAAGGUUUUGUUCUCAAACAUCGGGUCACCGCACUUCUCCGGCGUACAUUCCGGCGAAGGAUAUCGCCGGCGAAGUACCAAAAAGAUAACCUACUUCCAAAACCCCUUUCAAAAUUCUUAAACUGGACAAAAAGUCUCAAGAUCAAAGCCAAGGCUAUUUGCUCAAAAAUUCACUGCUCCGGGUCCGGGUCGGGUUCGAGUCGAGGUUACAUACAAAUCGGGCAAGAACCAGUUGGAGAGAAAUCUAUGGUUGUGCCAAAAGGUCACAUGGCAGUUUAUGUGGGACAAAAAGAUGGAGAUUUUAAAAGAGUUAUGGUUCCUGUAAUAUAUUUUAAUCAUCCUUUGUUUAGUAGAUUGUUGAGGGAGGUUGAAGAUGAGUAUGGGUUUAUUCACCCGGGUGGGAUUACUAUUCCUUGUCGGAUCUCGGAGUUUGAGCUUGUCCAGACCCGGAUCAAACAGGGUCGGGUUGCCCCCAAAGUGUUGUCAUGA